AUGAGUAAAAUGGAUGCAUCCUCUUUAACUGAUUAGGAAAUUAAUGAUAUUUAUACAUGGGUUGAUACCUUUAAUCUUUCAAGACCUAAAAAAAAUAUAGGAAGAGAUUUUGCAGAUGGUGUAUUAAUGGCUGAAAUUGUACAUCAUUUUUUUCCUAAAUUGGUUGAAUUGCAUAAUUAUUCUUAAGCUAAUUCAACAUAAACUAAAUAAUAUAAUUGGAACACUCUAAAUACCAAAGUAUUUAUAUAAUAUUAUUACCAUAAAGGUUCUAAAAAAAUUAGGUUUCUAAUUAUCAUAAAAGGAUAUUGAUUCAGUAAUCCAGGUUGAAGAAAAAGCAAUCGAACGUGUCUUAAGAUUAGUCUAAGAAAAAAUAAAAUUCUAUUUGGAAAAUGAACCUUAAGUAAUGGAAACGUAAAAAUCUGCAUCUACUCAUAAACCAAGUAAUCUUUAAUAAUCUAUGCCAAAUGAAUAAGACUUAAUAAUUUAAGAAUAAAGAGAAACUAUUGGGAUACUUGAACUUAAAAUAACAAAACUAGAAUAAUUAGUGAAGUUAAAGGAUAGCAAAAUACAAACUUUUGUGCAGAAGUUGUCAUAACUUGGAUAUAAAUUUUGA